ACUCUCGUUUGAACCAUUCGAGGAGUCAAAGCGGGCCAUCAUCGUCAUAUCGCCGUCAUUUAGUAAUUAAUUUACUCACCCUCGUAUAACACAAAACAAAUACGUAAUUACUAAAAUUACCGAGUAUGGAAAAUAAUAAGUGAAAUCUUCCAAAAAACAAAAGUUUUUCACGCUCUGUUUGCGGUCAAGUGUAAAGAUGCGUGUGGUGACGAGUACUAAAGUGGUGGUUACGUAUUUUAUGGUGUUUUAUUUUGGAUAUUUUAUAAUAGGAACCGAUGGAGUGGAAACAAAUGAAAUUAAAGAUCCAGAAACAGUGCCUAACAAACGCAAAUUAUACUACGCCCCGCCUAAGCUGAGAUUCUUUGACGAGAUUGGCCUGAUUCCACAAUCCUGCCGGUACCGAGGAGUAAAGUACGAAUGCGGGCUCAGUAUAUCAUGCGUAUUAGGGGGCGGCAGGCCCCUAGAUCUUUGCUCCGGAGGAAUGAUUUGGGCGUGUUGCGUGGACAAAGAUACCUCAGAUUCAGCUACGUCACACGCAUCUACAAACACUCAACAUCAGGACGUUGGUCUCUUACAUAAUGCUAACUCGGAUGUGUAUCAUUUGCUAGGAGUCUACCCUCCGGACCUUAGCCAGGAAGAAAAUCAUCCAGAGUCAAAUGACGUUGAUAGGCCGUCAUUUUCUAAUCAGGCUGGCAGCAAACCAUUCCUAACCACUCACCAUCAUCACGAAAGCGAUUAUAGUCUAGGUCCAGGUAGACCAAGGCCAAACCUUAAUGGUUACCCAACGAUAUAUCGGCCCAGACCAGAGCAUCAUUCUACCGAGGAUUUUGAUGAAGAGCAGGAUAACCAGGAUGACGAUAGAUUUGGUUAUAAUCAGAAACCGUCAUCAUCAGUUGGUUAUAUUGAGCCAUAUGGAAAUAUUGGUUGCGGCGAAUUACACACCAGAUCCAACAGGAUAGUAGGCGGGCAUUCGACGGGAUUCGGUUCGCAUCCCUGGCAAGUUGCCCUGAUAAAGACCGGAUUUUUAACAAAAAAAUUGGCCUGCGGCGGGGCGUUGCUAAAUGAAAAGUGGAUCAUCACGGCUGCGCAUUGUGUCGCUACAACCGCAAACGGGAAUAUCCGGAUACGGCUGGGCGAGUGGGACGUCCGUGACCAGAAUGAAAAGUACGGAUUCGAAGAGUAUUCGGUCGAAAGAAAAGAAGUGCAUCCAUCCUAUUCCCCAACAGAUUUUAAGAACGAUGUGGCCCUAGUGAAACUGGACAGGAAAGUACGGUUUAGACAGCACAUUAUACCUGUCUGCUUACCCUCACCGACGCUAAAACUCCCAGGAAAGAUGGCCACAGUAGCUGGAUGGGGUAGAACAAGGCAUGGACAAGCGACAGUGCCCUCUAUCCUUCAAGAAGUGGACGUAGAGGUCAUUACAAAUGACAGGUGUCAAAAGUGGUUCAGAGCUGCAGGUAGACGAGAGACUAUUCAUGACGUAUUUUUGUGUGCUGGCUAUAAAGAGGGUGGUAGAGAUAGUUGUCAAGGUGACUCAGGAGGACCGUUGACCCUAACAAUAGACGGCAGAAGGACCCUAAUCGGACUAGUUUCCUGGGGUAUCGGAUGCGGCCGGGAACAUUUGCCAGGAGUGUACACCAAUAUUCAGAAAUUUGUGCCCUGGAUCGAUAAAGUCAUGCAACCGUAAAAAAACACACACGUCUCCGAGAAAUCCAGCAUUCGUAAAAAUUUAUAGUCUUGGUGACAUUUACGUAUUGCGGGUUGUUAUAAAGUAGAUUAGUUUAUUCUUUGGGCGUUUUACUGUCUUCUUUUGAUAUAUUUAUUUAAGGCGUAUAAAGGAUAAGAGGAUGGUUUUUUUUAUCGAUCGUUUGUACAGAGGUUUUGUGGAUCGUAGAAGUAUUUAUGUAAAACCUAUUCUUAUAUUACUUGAAAAAAUCAUGGUUUUAAUAUUUUUUUUAAUAAUUUCCAAAUUUAAUUUUUUAUGGACAUAUAUAUCUUAAGAUACUUUUCUCAGUAUAAGUUAAAACGUUUCUAUGCUUGUGCCAAUGUGAUAGAAAUAUACAUCAAAUUAGUAAUCUUUAACUUAAUAAAUAGUAACUAAUUAAGAUGCACAUAUUUAGAUGAGUUUUUCGUAACUGUAAAUCUGUAUCAGAUAAACCUAUGUAUAUUAUUUAUUCUAUUAUAAGCAAUGUAUUUAAUUUUGUAGUUACCAAUUAAUAAAGUUAAUUAUAUAUCAAAA